CGCAUGGGAAGGCUAACCUCGUCCUGUGUACCAAGCAGUCUCAGUUCAGCGGUCUACCUUUCCCUGGUCUCCGAGCCUUCGGUCAAGAUGAGUGAUAAGCCAGACUUGUCUGAAGUGGAGAAGUUUGACAAGUCAAAACUGAAGAAAACUAACACUAAAGAAAAAAACACUCUUCCCUCAAAGGAAACUAUCCAGCAGGAGAAAGAGUGUGGUCAAACAUCGUAAAAUGGGGAUCUCCUUGCAAGAGCAAAUUUCAACAUUGCUUGAGUGUCUUGUUUUUGGUAAAACGUUGUAGAGAUUUUAGGCAUCUUCUGAUGUCUUCUCACCCAUAAUCCCUGGCUAAGAGGUCAGGGGUAGCCUUCGUUCCCUGACAUUCACUUUAAAACUUCCAUUGGUGCGUAAAUUCCAGCUGGCAGAUGCUGUCAAUAAUCUAACCGUGGAUGACCUUUGUGCUUAUAGUCUUUGCACCCCCUACCAGAUAAGCCACUUUUAACUUUCUACAAUUGUUCCCUCUAUUGCUUUAUAAUCUCAUGAAGUUGCAUGCUUUUGCAUCUUCUCACAGUUUAUUUUCAUUUGUAAUGGAG